UUUGAUAAAAAUUCUUAUUGUACAGAUUUCAAAUGAGAAACUGUCAUUCCAUUCAAUUAAAUUGGAAUGUCCUCUAUCUGGCAUGUCUCUUGGGAUGAGUAACAUGAAGCUCAGAAUUCAUGGGUGUAUUGAAUACUCCCAAAUCAAUAAGGGAAUUGGUCUAUGGUCAAUUCAGUAACAAAUAAAUAUUUAUUUAUAACCGUACGUACCUUGUGAAAAAAAAAAAAUUAUUUUUUUGUGGAAUUAAUUAUUUCAUCUCUUUUUUUUUUAAGAACUUAAAUUAAGUUCAAAGAAUAAAAUAUAAUAUAUCAUGAUUGCCGAAGUCUAUCUAUCGCAUAUAGGCUUAAAGACAUCGUGGCAUAACCGUCGAGGUGACGUCUUGACCUAAAAGAUCAAAUGGUAUGAUACAUAGACAAAGAAAUCUCUUAUGAAUUCGAGGAUAUUCCUUUUUUUUAUUAAAAAGUAUAUUUUAAAGGAUUCUUCGUUCGAAGGGAGGUAGACUACUCAAGAAUUUUACAUUGAAUUUCUGUCGUAAUUUCGAAUUGCAUAAAGAAUUCAGAAACAAAGAAGAAUGUAUCAAUGAAAUGUUGCUUCGUCUGUAUUGAUAACUUGAGUAAAGAGUAAACCUUUUUUAUUUUAGAUUUAGAGGUUUUCAAAAAUUUGAAAACGGAAACCACUUUCUUUAUCUUUAUUGUGUGUAAAUACUUUAGCCGGAUGAGAGGAAACCCUCACGUCCGAUUUUCAAAGGGGGAGAUCCAUCUUAUUGGAUCCUAUCCAAAUUUUUCGUUUGCUAGGCCCGUAGUUAAAAAACCUACUUUCUUACGAUUACGAGGUUCAUUCGAAUACGAAAUCCAAUCUUGGAAAUACAGUAUCCCACUCUUUUUUGCUACUCAAGGUUUCGAUACAUUUCGAAAUAGAGAAAUUUCUAGUGGAGCAGGUGCUAUACGAGAACAAUUAGUUGAUUUGGAUUUAAGAAUUAUUAUGGAUUCUUCGUUGGUAGAAUGGAAAGAAUUAGGAGAAGAGGGAUCCGCCGACAAUGAAAAUGAAAAUGAAUGGGAAGAUCGAAAAGUAGGAAGAAGAAAGAAUUUUUUGGUUCGACGCAUGGAAUUAGUUAAGCACUUUAUCCGAACAAAUAUAGAACCAGAAUGGAUGGUUUUAUCUCUCUUACCAGUUCUUCCUCCCGAAUUGAGACCAAUUAUUCAAAUAGAUGGAGGGAAACUAAUGAGUUCGGAUAUUAAUGAACUCUAUAGAAGAGUUAUCUAUCGGAACAAUACUCUUAUUGACCUAUUAACAACAAGUAGAUCUACACCAGGGGAAUUAGUAAUGUGUCAAGAAAAAUUGGUACAAGAAGCCGUGGAUACACUCCUUGAUAAUGGAAUCCGCGGACAACCAAUGAGGGACGGUCAUAAUAAAGUUUACAAAUCGUUUUCAGAUAUAAUUGAGGGCAAAGAGGGAAGAUUUCGAGAGACUCUGCUUGGAAAACGAGUUGAUUAUUCGGGGCGUUCUGUUAUUGUCGUAGGUCCAUCACUUUCAUUACAUCGAUGUGGAUUGCCCCGCGAAAUAGCAAUAGAGCUAUUUCAGACAUUUCUAAUUCGUGGUUUAAUUCGAAAACAUUUUGCUUCGAACAUAGGAGUUGCUAAGAGUAAAAUACGGGAAAAAGAACCGAUUGUAUGGGAAAUACUUCAAGAAGUUAUGCGGGGGCAUCCAGUAUUGCUGAAUAGAGCGCCUACUUUGCAUAGAUUGGGCAUACAGGCAUUUCAACCUAUUUUAGUAGAAGGACGUGCUAUUUGUUUACAUCCAUUAGUGUGUAAGGGAUUCAAUGCAGACUUUGAUGGGGAUCAAAUGGCUGUUCAUGUGCCUUUAUCUUUGGAGGCUCAAGCAGAAGCUCGUUUACUUAUGUUUUCUCAUACAAACCUCUUGUCUCCGGCUAUUGGGGAUCCCAUUUCCGUACCAACUCAAGAUAUGCUUAUAGGACUUUACGUAUUAACUAGCGGAAAUCGUCGAGGUAUUUGUGCAAACAGGUAUAAUCCGUUUAAUUGCCGAAAUUCUAAAAAUGAAAAAAUUAGCAAUAAUAACUCUAAGUAUAUGAAAAAAAAAGAACCCUUUUUUUGCAAUUCCUAUGAUGCAAUUGGAGCUUAUCGACAGAAAAGAAUAAAUUUAGAUAGUCCUUUUUGGCUCCGGUGGCGAAUAGAUCAAUGCAUUAUGUCUUCAAGAGAAGUUCCUAUCGAAGUUCACUAUGAAUCUUUUGGUACCUAUUAUGAAAUUUAUGGGCAUUAUUUAGUAAUAAGAAGUAUAAAAAAAGAAAUUCGUUGUAUAUACAUUAGAACCACUGUUGGUCAUAUUUCUUUUUAUCGAGAAAUUGAAGAAGCUAUACAAGGUUUUUCUCGAGCCUAUUCAUAUGGUAUCUAAUCAUAUAGAUGGUUAGUGUUGAUAUCCAAGCUAGGUAAAUUUAUGUUAUGAUACUGGCGUAAAUUCAGGUCAACUAGCAUCUUUUCUAUUUUCUACGUGAAUAAACAUAAAGAAAAGGAAGUUUUCCAAUCAUUCACUCAAAUUCAUUGUCGAACCGAAUCC